GUCAGAACUCAGGGUAGCACGGCCCAUCGUCUCCUACGUCCUCCUCAGUGUUCAAACGUCACUUUCAGAAGUUGCCACGAAUGCAAAGCGGCAUGAUGUGGAGGUUACUGAGCUGCACAGUGUGCCUGUUUGUGUCCGCAGGGUUGAGUCUGCGGCCAGUUUGGGCCGCUGAAGAGGAGCUGGACGGAGAAGUGCAGACUGAAGUUUUAUUUAAACCCGAGGAGUGCAGCCAAAGGAGCAAGAGAGGAGAUCUGAUCAAUGCUCACUACGAUGGGUUCCUCGCCAAAGAUGGUUCCCAGUUUUACUGCAGUCGUACAGACAAAGAUGGACAGGAGAUACCUCGCAGUGUUUGCUACUCUUCUCCACAUGGCAUGUCCUGUAAGCAUGCAAAGAUCUUCAAAGGUCCGGUGCCUCCUAAUGCCACCGUGGUCUUUGAGGUGGAGGUCCUCUCUGUGUCCAAGGGACCACGCACCAUGGAGGCUUUUGGAAGGAUGGACCUCGAUAAAGACAAGAGUCUCUCAAAGGCAGAGGUGAAAGAAUAUUUGAAGCUGGAGUACGAAAAAGGGGGGAAGUCGCGUGAUGACCCUUUCUACGAGAAGCUUAUAGACGAUAUCUUCUACAAGAACGACGGCGACAAAGAUGGCGUGAUCAGUGCGAAGGAGUAUAACAUUUAUCAGCAUGAUGAGCUCUAGCACUGUUUGUUUUGUUUUUUUAGUUUGUGUGUUAUUUAGAGAGGAAACUAAAGGGAAUAUACACACACACAC